GUUGACAACUCCAUAGUAAAGUAGAUUCCGUGUCAAAAUAUUUUUGUUUUGUAAAUUCCAUUUCAUUAAAAUAAGUAGUGUAAUAUGUGAUAAUUGUGAUGUUUUCUAUUUAUUUACACACCUUAGAAUUUAAAAGAAAGGAUUCAAUACUAAUAACUUGUCAUGUUUCGGUGGUUCAAUCACCGUGAUAGUUGGUGAUAGUCAUGUCAGAUUGCGCGCUGGUAGCCAGUGUAAGCGAACACGAUGCCAGCAUGGAUGUGGGGAACGACAAGUCUCUAUUCGAACCUACUAUUGAUAUGAUGGUAAAUGAUUUUGAUGACGAGAGAACACUAGACGAAGAAGAAGCUUUGGCGGCGGGAGAACAUCAGGACCCUAAAGCGGAACUGAAUAGUCUCCAGAAAGAAGGUGAUAUGCCCUUGGAGGAACUUCUAGCUCUAUAUGGUUACAAUAGAAAUAUGGAGAAGCCUAUUCCUGAACAGGUACCUGAAGUGGUACCGGAAGAAAACCAGAAGCCAGAUUCUGCAUUACAGCAGUUAUAUAAUGAAACAGCUAGCCCUGAGGCGACACGGUGUCUAAGAUCGGGGUCUCGUCCACCUUCCGAGGAGGAAGAUGAUUGUGAUUACAGUCCCGAUGAGGAUGAUUGGAAAAAAACAAUUAUGGUCGGUAGCGACUAUCAAGCAGCUAUACCUGAAGGUUUAUGCAGUUACGAUGAUGCAUUACCCUAUGAAAAUGAAGAUAAAUUAUUAUGGAAUCCCAGUGUUUUAGAAGAGAAAGUAAUUGAGGAUUAUAUGAAGAAAAUUUGUACUAUGAACUCAGGUGCAGGUGUAGAUGCUGUGCCAAAGGGCAAACAACUUCGUGAUGAUGAAGAGGCUUUGUUUUUAUUACAGCAGUGUGGUCACAAUGUGGAAGAAGCACUAAGAAGAAGACGCAUAAUGGCACAAACUCCUGCACAUGCAAGUGUGUGGUCAGAAGAGGAGUGUCGUAACUUUGAAAAUGGCAUUAAAGCUCAUGGUAAAGAUUUUCAUCAAAUACGACAACAAAAAGUCAGGACACGGUCAGUCGGUGAGCUUGUACAGUUCUAUUACAUAUGGAAAAAGACAGAGAGACAUGAUAUAUUUGCUAAUAAGACUCGGCUAGAAAAGAAAAAGUACACAUUGCACCCAGGUCACACAGAUUAUAUGGAUAGGUUCUUAGAAGAGCAGGAAGGGACAGUUGCUGGUGUUGUUAGGCCGGUGUCACCAACACCGAUGUUGGUGUAUGUUCCAUCUCCGGCUACACAACCCGAUCCGUUAGCUUUAGGUGAAAAAGAAGUUUUCUCACAACUUACACACACCACACCUCCCCGAACAAUGUCAACAGAUGAACCAGAAACAGAUAUAGUUUCCUAAUACAGGCUAUACUUGGCUUUGCCAGUAUCCACGUAGAUUGCACUGUUUUGUGACAUGCAUUGUUAUUAGUUAGUAGUAAAUAGUGAUGGUAUUGACUUCAAAUUUCUUUAUCUGAUAUUUGAUCAAUAAUGUUUAAUGAAGUAAUAUGCAGGUUGAUGAGAUUUAAAGAGGAAAUUAUAAAUAAAAUACUUGAAUUAACACAUCGCAGAGAUACUGGCGCCAUCUAUUCUUAAAUAUUAACAGCUUCUUAAACUACUGCAUAUUCAAUUUUAGACUUUUUAUUAAAUGCUAUAUAUGUCUUUUUUAAUUCCAUAUGAUCAAAUAUUGCAUAAACAAAUUAUGUCCAUGUUGUACCAUAACCCCCUUAUUCAUAGAAAAUCGAAACUUGAAGUAUUUUAUAGAUGCAUCUAAGAAUAAUGUUUUAUACAGUCAACAGUACAAUGUAAAUAAUGUUAUUUAAUAGUUUUAAAAUGAUUACUUAUUAUUAAGGGGGUAGAGAGAAAUAUUUACGAAUUUGAAUGUGUUAGUUAGGAAAUUCUGUUAAUGGCAGGCUUAUUUAAUUAACUUUUUAAGUUUACUUUUUUUAUAAGCUUUGAUAGCAAAAUUUGCAUUAAAAUCUACCAAAAUAAUCAAGUUUGGAUAUGAAUAUAUUCAUUGACAUUGGAAGAGAGACAAACAAGAAAGGAUACAGUAAUUUUUACGUUAGUAAUAUGUUACUUAUUUUAUAAGAAUUUCGACCGAAUACUGAAACGACAUUUAAAUAUGUAACAGUGUCUUAAUUGAUGAAGCAAUAAAAACUCCAAAUUCCAAUAAAAUGUUUGUUAGAAUGUAAGCAGCGCUUACGAAGCGAAGUUUGAUAUUCGUUUCAGAAUUUGGCCGUGAGCCAAGUCAAUAUGUACAUGAGUUAAUUAGAUUAUGUACUAAAAGUACUAAAUACUGUAUACAUCAGUUUGCAAACUUUAAAUUGACGUAAUUCAUGUGAUCCAUGAUUAAUUAUACAAAUGUUUUGCAUUUAGUAAUGAUUUUGUUUAGACCAACCAUGAUUUCUGAUCUAAUGGGCAUGUCAAACUAAUGAAUCGUAGCUAACUAGCGCCCUCCUAGAGUGUCCUAAAAAUUAUUCAAGUUAAAAUCAAAAAUAUGGACUUAUAAUAAUCAUAUUUUUUGUGUCAAAUCUGACUUAGAAAUAUUUAUUUAAAGUGCCUGUAUAAUUAUGAAUGAAAAUUUUUGUUUAAUCUAAAAUUUUCGAAGUAAAUUAUGAUUACAUAUCAUUCAUACUUAUGUGGAAAUGCAAUCUUUCCUUUGUUGUUUUCAUUGAAAACAUUUAAAUUUCCCAAUAAUUUAAUUAUGUGAAAAUCAUAUACCAACUAAGCAACAACAAAAGGUCUUAACAUUAAGAAAAUCAUUAAAAGUUGUUUCAAUUUAAAAAUCCAUUUUAUUUGGGGUCCAAUCUAUAUUCAGCUUCAUUAAUAUAACAGUAAUUCUGUUGAGAAUUUACUAUCGCCUUGUCGUUUCCACUUUGAACUUCUUUUUAUUCCCGGUGCUACUUGCUAGCAAAAAAUAUUAAGAAGUUGUAAUUUUUUUAACAUUAUUUUAUUUAAGAAUAAACAGUGCAAAUUGAAA